AUGCGCGACUGGCCCCGCGGCAGGGCACCCGGGGGGCGCGUGACCCCUGCUGGCGGGCCGGACCCUCGCAUCCCGCGCCGUCGAGGGCAGUCGGGAAGGGGCCGUGCCUCCCUCCGGGCGCCGGGCUCGCUUUCCCCCGCCCGCGUCUCCGCCCUGGGGAGAAGCCGCGGAGGCGCUCUUCUUGGUUCUGGACCCGCCCAAGAGCCUGGAAGGGCGCCGGGCUCGCAGAGGCGGCCAGCUCCGGUUGGAGCAGGGCCAGGGCUGGAGAGGAGAGGGCUCCAGGAGAGCCCGGCGGCCCUUUGGGGUCCCCCCUGCUGCUGCCUGGGGCCGGGGGGCUGCAGGAAGCAGCAGAAAGAGUCGGUCCCAGAGGGGCCCUCGCUGUGCGGCGGUGACACUCCAGACCUCGGGAGGGCCCGCACACCGUCCACGCGCGGGCGGCUGAGGGGGGAGCCCCCCACCGGCUGCGGGGCGCUGGGCACAGGGCCCACCUCUGUCGUGGAGCAUCAGGGCUGCGGGCCUGUAAGGAUGGUGGCCAGGCACCUGCACCAGGCCGCCCGUGCCCGCCUGUGCCUCUAUCUGCUGAAGUCAUCGCAGGAAGGGCCCCAGGAUCUAGACCAGACGGCGCCAUCCGCAGCCACAGGGGCCCCUGAUUCCGGAGACCCGUGUCCUGAAUGUCAGCAGGUGCGAGUCCCAGGUUGGGUUCUACCUUCCAGGGCCCAGGCUGCCGACGUGGGACUGGCUCUCCUGACCUCAAGGUUGCAGCGCACAUCCCGGGACCUGUCCUGGCAGCAGCCUGAGCUGACCGGCCUCCUCCCGAGGGCCCGGCGGGGCACAGAGAAGAAGGCUUGUCCCCUGGGGCAGGAGGCCCAGGUGGUGGACGAGAACCUCGUCUUCUAUGAGGAGUGGGAGCUGGAGGCCUGUGUGGACGGGGCCCUGCUGGCCGCGCAGAUGGGACGAGUGAACCUGAUUCCCUUCACCUACCAGCAGCUGCACAUUUUCAAGCGCAAACUGGAUGAGUUCUACCCGCAGGGGUACCCCCAGUCCCUGAUCGAGCACCUGAGGUACUUCUUCCUUUACGUCACCCCUGAGGACAUCCACAAGUGGAAUGUGACUUCCCUGGACACCGUGAAAUCUCUGCUCAAAGUCAGCCAAGGGCGCGGGGUGGAUGCUCAGGUGGCUGCCCUGAUUGCCCGCUAUGUAGGGGGAGGGGGCCAGCUGGACAAGGCCACCCUGGACACCCUGGCCACCUUCCGCCCUGCCUACCUGUGCUUCCUCCGCCCCGAGCAGCUGGGCUCCGUGCAGCUCAGCGUGCUUUGGAUGACCACACCCCAGGACCUGGACGCGUGUAGGCCACCACAGAUGGUUGUCCUCUACCACAAGGCCCGCAUGGCCUUCCAGAACGUCAGCGGGUCUGAAUACGUCAAAAGGAUCAAGCCCUUCCUGGGUGGGGCCUCCACGGAAGACCUGAGGGUUUUUACUCAGCAGAACAUCAGUAUAGACGUGGCUGCAUUCAAGAGACUGCCAAAAGAGGCGGUGCUGUCGCUAACCGUGGCCGAGGUGCAGAAACUUCUGGGCCCAAACCUGGUGGGCCUGAAGGCUGAGGCGGGGAACGUGCCCCUGCGGGACUGGAUCUCCCGACAGUCGCAGGAGGACCUGGACAGGCUGGGGCUGGGGCUCGUCGGCGGCGUCCCCAACGGCUACCUGGUCCUGGACCUCCACGGCCGAGACGCCUCCUCGGGAGGCCCCUACCGCCUCGGACGAGGGCCUGGACCUGUGCUCACUGUUACCGCAAGUCUGCUCCUGGCUUCGGUCCUGAGCUGA